CAGGUAAUCCAGUCAGACUGCUCACAGUUACCCACUCAUACGCAGUACCCUCAACAUAGAGAGCCACGCGGCGGCACUCGUCCCAAUUGACCGGCGUAUUUCCAGCGCGGGACGACGUGGUUCGGGCGGGGCGGCGGUAGGAGAGCUCUCGGCUGUUUAGAUACGCACGGGACGAGGGGGAGAAUGUCGCUCGUGGCAGUGCAUGCAAGCACCGCGAGCUUCACGCUGACCCACUGCAGCAAUACCGUCACUCGAGCUACACCGGCAGCAUCUCCUAUCCGUUACAGCUGUCCUUCCGCGAGCAACGCGCGCCAGCGUACGUGGCAAGAACCGUGCCCGAGAAUCACGCACUGCAGACGGCAGGAGAGGACACGUGGCGACUGCCAGCCUCGCAGGACAACAGCUGGAGGAAUCCACGUGGCAGGAGCUCCCUGGGGAGGGGGUGCCAAGGGGGGCCUCCGGAGAGUAGGGACUCAGGGACGGGGGUUACUAGGAGGGAGGCGAUUAGGGGAAGGGACGGCGGUUGCUGUACAGGGGAAGGCGGCGCAUGGGAGGAGCCAGGGUGUGGUAUUCUUGGCUCUAUGGGGUUUCCAACGACAAGAACAGCAGCAGCAGCAGGGCGCAAACUCAUCAUCCCCGUCAGCAUCCCCGUCAGCAUCCCCGUCAGCAUCACCAUAUUCGCCAUCAUCAACAGUAUCAGGUUCUACGUCAGCUUCUGACACGGAUUCCUACUUUGACUCGGGGUCGGAUGACACCGAGGGCCCUGAAACCCCUCGAGUGGCGCGCCUGAGGGCGUUCCACACGUCCAGCAUCCGCAUCCGUCCGCACACAGGAGGUGCAGGGAUGGAUUCCUCCCUGGCACCACCUUUCCAACAUUUAGGAAUUCAAGCCUCUGACCUCGGAUCUUCGGAAGCAGCAGCAGCGCUGCUGGCUCAGUACCUGCAGUCGGCCCAGGGCCAGCGCAAGCUACUCAACGAGGGGGCUCUGCAGCAGUUGGAACCUCUUUCAGACAGUCUAUUCAGGUGUUAUCUUCAUCCACUGGAGCUCUUCAAGAUCUCCGUUCAGCCAAUCAUGGACCUCCACGUGUCCUCUUCCCAUGACACCUGCACGGUGGAAAUGCUCUCCUGUCAACUGGGGACAUCACGGCAAGGCAACCAGGACCGAGUGUUUGAAGGUUACCUCAAGAACGUGAUGACGUGGCAGCCAUGUCAGCAGGUUCAGGGCCACGUGGUACUCUCUAUGAGCUCUGAGAUCCGAGUGUCGCUGGAGGUCUACACUCUGCCCUUCACUCUCCUCCCUCUCUCCGCGGUGGAGAAGCCAGGAAACAAGAUGUUCUCUGCCCUGCUAUCCCAGCUCUGCCCCGCCUUCCUGAACGACAUUGCAGCAGAUUUCACCCAGUGGCACGAGCAGUACCGGGCGCUGUGAAGUGAAGUCAGGGCAAUGGGCCCAAGUGAAGCAACGGCAAGCUGUCUAAGUUGCGUUGCAGCAGACUUCGCACAGUGGCAGGAGCAGUACCGCAAGCUGUGAAUCUUUUAUGCAAAGCCGUGCCAAGGUGGCUAGGUGAAGCCACAGCAAGGUGGUUAGUGUCAAACAUAAGCAUAACUCAUGUUUGUAUAGACUGUAUAGGGUCGCCUCUUAGAGGGUACAAAACUCUUAGGUAUAAACCCUUGUACUCUCUCUCUAUUCAUCAAUUCUUCAGU